AUGCCCCUGUAUUGUUUUAGGCUGCGAAACUGGAUUGAUAGAGCUCUGUCCACGGUGCAGAUUGAUGGGAGUCACCACUUCGGGGCGGGGUCACUGCAGGCCGCCGUGUAUAACCUGGACUCCAUUGAUGUGCUUCAGUCUCUUCUGGGGUCUCUGGGGGUCUCGGUGACGCUUCCUAACCAGCUGAUGAAGAAAGAAUUGAAUGGGACCACCAAGAGACUCCAUAUUGUCCGUAUCCGGGGCCACGCCAUCUUCCAGACGGACACCAACACCUCCAUCCUAGGAGACCAGGUGCUCGGGGUCACCCUGCAGGACACAGAGGUCUCCAACCUAUCAGAAGAGAUCGUGAUUACCUUUCCACAUGAACCCAUACAGGACUCCGUGUCUCCGAUCUGCGUGUUCUGGGACGAGACGGCGGCGGAGUGGAGUACGGCCGGGUGCAGGACCGUGGCCGCCGAGUGUUGGACCGAGUGUCGCUGUGACCACCUCACCUACUUCGCUGUGCUGAUGCAAGUCUCCAGUCACGUGAUAUCCGAGAUCCACCUCGUGUCCCUGACCGCCAUCACCUUCGCCGGGUGCGCCAUCUCUGCCCUGUCCUGUGUCUUCACCGUCACGUGGAUCUGCUGUUCCAGGAAGAGUCAGACGAAUCCCACGCUGCAGAUCCACAUGAACCUGCUGGUGGCGCUGGCGCUGUUGGAUGUCGCCUUCGUGGUCAGCGCGUUGCUGGGCGGUCUGGGGGACGUGGUCGCGUGCCGCGUCUCCGCCAUUGCUCUGCACUUCUCUCUGCUCUGCCUCUUCACGUGGAUGGCCAUCGAGGGCUUCAACCUCUACCGGCUCGUGGUCAAGGUCUUCGUGUCCUCCACCAUCACCACCGGGAGGCUGGCUGUCCUGGGCUGGGGUGAGUCCCGGGGAGGGG